UAGUUUUUUAUCAAUUAGUAAUUUACUUUAAUCUUUUGUUUUUACUGGCAAGAAAGCAAUUGUUAACUAUUAUAUUAGUAGUGUAUCGCAGAUUGAAAAACAUAUUUAACUCGAAAAUAAUUAGGCUCCAUACCGUAACAACUUUGACAUCCAGUCAACCAAAUCAACAUUAAAUAGAACUGUAGCAUUGCAAUAUUAGCGUUUACCAUGAGAACUUGGUUUUGGAUCCGUUUGUUAAUUAUUUUCAAAUGCGUUAGCACAGCGCAGCGAAACUUUCGAAUAUUCUACGGCGACAUAAGCGUUAGGAUUUACGACACGGACACAAUCGAAAAGUUUGAUUGCCAGGUUUCUCAAAUUAACAAUCGGAGCUUUGCUGAUUGCCAAUUGAGGGUAAGACAUAGCAUUCCCAAGUUGAAUGUUCGCACCGCCUUGGAAUUUUGGAAGUCAAAUGGUCAAGCAAUGAAGCUGUACGAUGCUCGAAUGGAUGCCUGCAUUUUCAUGGAUAGUGCGCAUAAAAACAGAAUGUUUAACAUAUAUGCAAAAAACUUAAAAAAGUUCUCAAACCUAAAGUGUCCCCUCAAAGCGGUCCGCUUUAAUUACACACUAGAAAAGCUCUAUUUGGACGAGCAGGAUUUUCCCUCAUUUGUACCGCUUGGUUCGUAUCGCAGCUUAACCGAAUUUUAUGUUAACCAAAGUAAUAUAGGAUGCCGCGUUACAGUCCGCGGAAAGUAA